GAUUGGAUGAUAGUUUACAUUUUUGAACCCCUUCACGAGGAAAAAUCUUCACAUUCGCCCGAGGGCUAUUCCAUCGAGCGCUAAAUGGCGAUGAUACAGCAGAGCACCUCAGUGGUCCGGGAAUUUUUCGCUGUGUGCGUGAUCUUGUUAUCGUCGAUUGUUGCAGCUAAGAGAUGCGACAAGCAGAUCGAUAGUUUCGUGUGGAGCAACUGCAUGGAAUGUUCGGUAAAUGCCUUUCUUCAACGUCCAUGCCCGUCUGGUUACCAGCAAGUUACCAGUGGGGAAGGCGAACAAAGCUGUUCGUAUUCCGUUUAUUUUGGAUUUAACUUCGGUUCCAUGCGUGUCCCUGGAUGCCAGCAUAAUUGCACAAGGAAGAUUACACAAAAAGAAUGUUGUGUCGGCUUCUGGGGACAAGACUGCCAAGCAUGUCCUGUUGUGCCUGCAUGCAGUGGGCGUGGCUCUUGUAAUGACAAAGUGGGUGGUGAUGGAACAUGCACUUGUCAGGAUGGCUAUAAGGGAUUUGCAUGUGAGCUGUGUUGGGAUUCAAACAAAUUUGGUACCUACUGCAAUAAAACCUGUCUUUGCAAACAUGGGACAUGUGACAGUGGAUUGAAUGGUACAGGACACUGCAAACCAGGCUCUUGUGUCUUAGGAUAUGCUGGGUCAAACUGUGAUAAUACUUUGCCAAGAUGUGACCGAAAUCUUACCUGUGGAGCUAAUGCCAACUGCUUCAGAGUUGAAAAUAUUGACACUUGUGUAUGUAAUCCAGGAUAUAGGAAUGUUAGUGGUGUUUGCAAAGCAAUAAAUCCUUGCCAGGAUGGUUCCCAUGGUUGCCAUAGUAAUGCUGACUGCAUCUACCUAAGGCCAGGCAAGAAUAAUUGCACCUGUGCUGCAGGUUAUACAGGAGAUGGAACAGUUUGCAUUGCUAUAGACCCGUGCCAGAGGAACAAUGGUGGCUGUCCAUCCAGUUCUACUCAAUGUAAUUUCCUACAACCUGGAAAGAGGGUAAAAGACCUGAACUUGGAUGGCCCAGAUGGACUCAAGGGACAGCUGACCACAGCUAUUGAUUUGCUGACAGGUUCAUUUAUGCACUCGGCUCUUUCUGGAGCAGGUCCAUUUACUCUUUUUGUAAUGGUGAACAGUGCAUUUUCAAAUCUCACACAAGAAGAGCUGAGUGAGCUAUUAGCAAACAAAGACAUGGCGUCACAUUUUGUCAGUCGACACUUAGUGGCUGCUGAUUUAGACUCCACAUUGUUGAAAAAGUACAAAAAAGUUACAACACUACAGGGGAUUGAUGCAAGCAUCUCAGAAUACCAGAAUGUCAUGUACUUAAAACUGGACAACCAGCCUGUAAAUGCAUCAGUGCUAUUCCGUGAUUUGUUAGCUGGUAAUGGGAUGAUUCAUGUCAUUGACAAGAUUAUGUGGCAUGUCGGAGAAUAUCAAGAAACAAGCUCUAAAUCAUUGCUUCAGGUCCUGUGGGCACAAAGUAGAUUUUCAAUUUUUGCCUCACUUUUACAGUCAUCUGAAAUUGCUGCAGAAUUGAGUGGUUUGGGGGCUUCCCUGACCAUUUUGGUGCCAGUAAAUUCUGCUUUUGACAAGAUUGACAAUGGUACCAUGAGGUUUUUGACCAGCACGGAUGUGGGAAGGAGAAAAUUGAAGUCACUUUUAAGAAACCAUAUUCUCACAGGAAAGAUUGCAGUUUUAGACUUGAUUUACAGUGGCAAAGUUAUUUCAGUAGAGGGAGAAUCAUUAACAGUCAAAGUAACUUCCACAGGUCGUAUUGUUGUGGAUGAGGAUUCUGUCAUCACAGAAUCAAGUGUUCUUGUCAGUGAUGGUAUACUUCAUGUGACAGAUAACCUUAUUAUCCCUGAUGAUAUUGAGCCUCUGUUGCCAAGAUAUUGCAAUGGACAGAAAUUCAGAAAUGGAAUUUGUUAUCGGUGUGAAGGUGUUCAAGCCAUGCCUAGGACAGGGUGCCCUAUAGGAUAUACCCCAUCGUCCACAACAUCUGUGUGCUACUACCGACUGAGUUAUCGAGGAGUUCCUAUUGGAAUUUUCCGUGGUUGUAGGGCCACCAGAUGUUCAGCUCCGGAACCAGAGUGUUGCACAGGGUUUUAUGGUCCUUCCUGUCAUCCUUGUCCAGGGCCUUUUGAUAAUCCUUGCAAUGGCAAUAAUAAUGGAAAGUGUUUUGAUAAAAUCAAUGGCAAUGGAACUUGCAUUUGCAAAGCCAACUUCAAGGGAACAGCAUGUGAACUUUGUCAGGAGAGCAACAAAUUUGGACCAUUUUGCAAUCAGACUUGCACCUGUAUGCAUGGAGUAUGUGACAGUGGCUCUCCUCAAGGAAAUGGAACAUGUAAGGCUGGAUCUUGUUCACCUGGUUUUCAUGGUGAUAACUGCGACCAGCGGGAUGUCCCAUGUCCUGGGUCAGUGAGCCGUCGUUGUCAUGCUCAUGCCACUUGCCGACGACAGGGAAAUGUGGACAGCUGUCAGUGCAAUUUUGGUUAUGAAGGUUCUGGAAUACAAUGCACUGAAAUUAAUCCUUGUUCCAAACCUGAUCGUGGAGGCUGUCACCAUGAGGCAACCUGCACGAAAACUGGACCAGGUACCAACAAUUGUACAUGUGAUGUUGGUUUCCGUGGUGAUGGAACAGUCUGUGUUGCCAUAGAUCCUUGUCUGGAAGAAAAUGCUGGAGAUUGCCACAGUAACGCUGAGUGCCAGUAUGUUGGUCCGGGACAGAGCACCUGUGUCUGCAAGGCAGGCUAUACUGGAAAUGGUUCAUCGUGUCAUGAAGUUAAUCCUUGUUUAGUCAACAAUGGAGGGUGUUCUCGCGAUGCAAAGUGUUCGCGAACUGGCCCAGGGAAUUACAGUUGUCAUUGCAACAGUGGAUUCAUUGGAAAUGGUUAUACUUGUCUAGGAUCUGUUGCUAUGAUCGUUAGACAGACAAAUCCAACGCUGGAGAACUUUAUCAGGCAAGGAAACAUGCUGCACUAUUUAUCAGAUCCAAGGAAGAACAUCACUAUGUUUGCUCCGUCAGUGGUAGCACUUUCACAGUUAUCUGAUGGUGAUAGAAAAUAUUGGACUAACAGUACUGAGAGACUUCAAUAUCUAAUAAGGUAUCAUUUGGUGGAGCAAGUGUACAAUUUAGAGAAGCUAAGAAAUGUGGCGUCACUGACCACCUCGAACAGCCUCGUGUUAAAUGUUACAACUCAAGGUCAAAAGGUAUUUAUCGGUGGAAUGGCUCAAAUUAUUCAAGCUAACAUAACUGCAGAAAAUGGAAUUGUACACAUCAUUGACCAGGUCCUUUUGCCAUCUCGUCUGUCAUACGAGAGGGAGCUUCCAGUGACGUCGGAGCUUCUUAAAAGUAUCCCAGAGUUCUCAGAUUUCACCAGUAUCUCACAGAAUGUGAGCCUGUUUUUCUCCCUGGAUGCCUGUGAGUCGUGUACUGUAUUUGCUCCAACCAACUCUGCUCUUAAAAAAUAUGCCCUUGUAGACAACCAGACUUUGACGCCAGCAGUCCUUAAGUAUCAUAUUGUAAACCAAUACAUCACAGAAGAAACAAUUCGUAAUGGAGAAGAAUUUCCAUCUUUGCUGGGGAAUGGGAGUGAUUAUCUUGUGAAAAUCACCAAUCCUAGGAAAGGAAUGCUGCGAGUGAAUGGAAUCGAUGUUGUCGUUAAGGGCCACAAAGCUAGAAGAGCAAUAGUAUAUGGCAUAAAUGGUGUACUUGAACCAGUUAAGAGGAACUGUGAUGUGGUCAGAAAAUCGUCACGUUUUGGUGUCUGUACAUAUUGCGACCUCUUUAUCCCAACAUGUCCGACAGGCUGGACCAAAAUUGGCUCUGUGCCGGAUACAUGUUUGGUCCGAAUAUUAAUCUUCAUAUUCAGAGGCUGCCAAGCACUAUGUGAAAAAACUUCUGUUAUCAAGAAAUGCUGUGGUGGAUUCUGGGGUCAAGACUGUCAAUCAUGCCCUGGUAAUAUUACCAACCCUUGUUCUGGUCAUGGCGUUUGUGAUGAUGGCAAAACUGGAACUGGUCAUUGUCAGUGUGAUGCAAAUUUCACCGGUACAGCAUGUGAAGAAUGUAUUCCUGGAAAAUAUGGAAAUAAUUGUACAAGUGAAUGCAAAUGCAUCAAUGGAGUUUGUAAUGAGGGCAUUAAUGGAAAUGGAGGAUGUUUUUGUCAACAUGGUUGGAAAGGACCUGUUUGUAAUACCUCUGCAAAUUUUGACAACUGCCUUCCAACGAAGUGUAGUCGACAUGCCACAUGCCGUGGACCAAGUGGCAGUGGCAAAUGUGAAUGUGAUGUUGGUUACACAGGCAACGGAACUUACUGCACGGGAUAAUGGAGGGUGUAGCGACAGAGCGAUUUGUCGACAAGCUGGGCCGCAGCAGCAAAGGACUUGCACCUGCAGAAAGUUUUAUGUUGGUGAUGGCAUCAGAUGUAUUGGUGAUCUAUCUGAGGCUUUGAAGCUUGAUCCCCAACUGUCAGGUGUAGACAUGCUACUCAAGAAAAAUGGUCUAGACAAGCUGCUGGCUUCUCAUGGACAUUUUAACCUCCUCGCCCCAGUGAAUGCAGCUCUUGGCAGUUUGCAACAGCAAUCUCGCAAGCGUCGUAGUGUUCCGUUAUCAGCCGAGGAAGAGUUGAAUCUUUUGAAAUACCUUAUCAUUGGCUGUUCAACGAUCCCCACCAACACUAGUAAUGCUUAUGCAGCUAACUUUACUACACUGCUUGGAGCAACUAUAUCAGUAAAAACAGAGGGGAAUAUUACAUCGAUCAUCGAUCCAUAUGGCAACAUAUCCAGAGUAGUUGGAGUGUAUGAGUCAUCAAAUGGCGUGAUAAUGAAACUGGAUAACCUACCCAACCCACCCAAGUCUAUGGAUAGCACAGUACAAGGAUCUUAUAUUGACGUGGCUAAUAGACUUGGAUACAAGGAGUUUGUUAAACUGGUUGAGCAAGCAGGAUUGAAGAACAUCCUUCAUGUUCCAGUGAAUAGACCUGUUCUCAUGUUUUGGCCAACUGAUGCGGCGAUAAAAGCUUUGCCUGGCGACCUGAUGGUACGACUGACUGAACCUUCACAUCUGGAAGAUCUGGCUCGAUUUGUAAAAUACCACGUUGUAACUCAAAUUCAUUCUGAUUUUAGUACCCAGUCCUUCUUGCGAAGUGGCGCAGGGUUAGAAUUGCGAACAUUUGAAGGAACCAGUUUGUUUGUAUCUUGUAAAGGAGGAAAGGGUGAUCUUUAUGUAAAUGGUGACAGCAAGCUUGUUGCAAGAGACAUACUCUUCAGUGGUGGUGUGGCUUUUGGAGUGGACACUGCGCUUAUUCCUCUUGGAUUUGGAGGCAACUGUGAUGAGAUCCAAGACACUAAAAUGACGGGUCAGUGUGGAAAUUGUUUCGUUCCUGUGAGCUGUCCACAAGAAACCACCCUUGUUGGUGUAACAAACCAUAACUGUACCUACAAUGGGGACUUGUUGGGAUGUCAGCCCAUCUGUUUACAGCGUCAACGACUUAGGAGAUGCUGUAAAAACUUUUAUGGACCUGAUUGCGUGGCAUGCCCAGGUGGUGUUCAGAUGCCUUGCAGCAGGCGUGGCUUGUGUAUCGAUGGAGUGACAGGGAGUGGCCAGUGUGUGUGUUCAGCGCCUUAUAACGGCACAGCUUGUGAACAAUGUGUGGAUCACACGGAGUCCUGUCCAGCACCGUCAGUGGAUUGUAAGACAGACAAUGGUGGCUGUCACGUGUUCGCCACCUGCACUCAAACUGCCCCGAAUCGUUUGACGUGCUCGUGUAAAUCCGAUUACCAAGGAGAUGGAUAUUAUUGCCAAAUGACUGACUUGUGUGCGAGUGGCAAUGGCGGGUGUGGUGAAAACGCAACCUGCUUGUUUACAGCACCAGGACGAAAGCGCUGUGUAUGUAAAGCAGGCUUUUACGAAGUAGGCUCCAGCUGUCGUGCUCACCGGCCAAUGUCACCUUGCGCCAUAAACCAUGGUGGAUGUUCUGUUCAUGCUAACUGUAUUGAUAACGGUGCAGUGGCCAGCUGUGCCUGCCGCAUUGGUUUCGCUGGAGAUGGCUUUUCCUGUGGAGGACCCAUUUUAAAUGUCCUCAAGGAAACUCAGAACGCCACUGAAUUCUACAAGGCGCUCUACCAUCUGAGUAGUCUCAGUACAGAGGCAUCAUUUUUGUACCAAGACCUGGCGUCCUUAUCCAAAUCCUUCACAGUGUUUGUUCCUGUAAAUAGUGCGGUUCACAACAAGAAAUUUACGCUGUAUUAUUUGAAGAAUCACAUCGUGUCCGGAAGGCAUCCAUUGAACAAUAUAAAUGACGACUUAACGAUGACAACAUUGGCUGGAUCUGAACUUCACAUUAAAAAGCUGAGAAAUGGAGAAAUAGUCGUGAAUGGUGUCGCUCAUGUCAAAGGAGACCUCCCUGCAACAAAUGGUCUUCUACAUUUCAUUGACCAGAUGAUACCGUAUGUUGGACCUACUCCGCCUGCUACCCCAGUAGAACCAACCAGACGAACAGAACCAGGAACAGAACCAGCCACAGAAACAACCACAGAAACAUCAGGAAAACCAACCACGAAAAAGACAACGAGAGAAACAACAGCUUCAGCGGUUGGACCCAAGAGUGGAGGCGAUAGUGCUGCAAGAAAGAAGGAGAGAGAUGCUAUUGGUAGAGGAGCUAUUGCUGGUAUCAUCAUUGGUAUCAUAAUAUUUGUGAUGGUGAUCGCUGUGUUAGUGUACUUUGCAAGAAAGAAUGGCUUCCCUUCCCGCCGAGCAUUUUACAAAAAGCAUGCAGACACUGUGCAGUUUAGUAACGAAGCUUACAAUGAACAUUCCAUGAUGUCAUUUGAUAAUGCUCUGUUUAAUAACAUGGAGGACCCGGUGCAAAUGCCUCCACUGGACAUACCCAUUGACGAUAAACAUCCUCUACAGGAUUCAGGGGAACAACACCUCGAUUUUGACAAUCCACUCUAUCGUGAAAUGACCGGUUUGGACCUGCCACAAAAUCCAAAUGACAUAUUUUUCUUGCCUGACUCUAAUACGGCAUCGUCUGAUACAGGAGGCAAAAAUUUUUCCAACCCGUUCUACAAUGAAAAAAGGACUGUAAAGUUUAACCUAGACCCCCAGUAUCUUCCAGGUCGAGAAGACACAUGCUAAGCUAGCUGUUUGGUUAUACGGAGAUAACAGUGGUUUUCCGCUGUUGCUGGUCAAAGUUGAAGGGACAGUUAGUAACGAGAGAUAUACUUUUGUGCCAUGAGUAUCGUUAAGUUAGUUAAAUGUUUACAUGCUUUCAUUUUUUGGUUCCUUUUUCCACUGACAUGUAAAUGUUGUGUUGAUCUUCUGGUUUUUUUUUUUUUUUCGUUUUGUGUGGUUUUUUUCCGUCAGUUAUGCAAACUAAAUUUUAGAUUUGCAAGGAUGCCUCGAAUUGCCGCAACCCCCGGAUUUUGAUGAUGCUAUGUAAACACGGAAAAAGUCCUCUUUUGCAUAAAUGUGUUAUCCCCCCCGUCACUCAAUUGGCUCUAUAUUUCUUUUGUGCAAAUCUAGUACUUGUUUCAGGCUGAAAUAAUGCGUGGAUAUUUAACACUUUGAAAGGAUUAUCAGAUUUUAAAGAUGCUAGUCACGGUGUUGUACAAAUUUUCUGUGUAGUUAAGUAUGCAAUUUUGUCUUUUUUCUUUAUAAUUGACGAAAAUGUUAAAGUAAUAACUUAUUUUUUUUUAGGAUACUGUAGCACUCACUUAAAAAACAAACAAACAAGCAAAAAAGCUAAACAAAACCCAAUUAAAACAGAAACAGAACCUUACAAUGUUCAAUGCAACGUUGGAAGUACACCAGGUACUAUUUAAUGUUAAAAAUGGCAGCGAUUUUAACUCCAGGAGGCCCCUCGUCGUGCACGAUAAAGGUAGUCAAAAAUAGCGACCGCUCAAAAUUAAGGAGAGGGUGGUUGCUUAGGGGAUUAUAAAAGUAAUCCUAAGGGCUCUCUAGAAGGGUUAAGUCAAUCAAUUGAAAACGGGCGUCUUAUAAUUAAAAUAAAGUGUAUUGUUUUUAUACAGUAUUCUACAGCACGAUAGGAUCAAGCUGAUAGACGGAAUUGACGAGUAGUUUUUAAUUGAGAAUCGAAAGUUAUCCGAGGUUUUUUUUUUUUUUUUUUUUUCCUUUGGUUUAUUUUGCUCUUUGAUUAGUCCAGGAAACCGCAUGGGUUGUUUGCGUCAGCUAAUUUGGCGAAUUGGGAUUGGUGAUUGGUAGAUCCCCCAUGUGUUGACCUAAUAUGGGAGUGAUUGAAAGUAACUUAUGGGGAUUCCCUUUGGAAUAACCCUUUUUCAGAAAGUGAGUCUCUUAGCCUGAUUCUAUUAAGCUGUCCAGUGUAUGUUUUUUAAAUAUUUAAAUAAAGCAAUGUCAGGUGUU